GCGCACGUGCCGUCGCUCAGCCCCCCCGGCCCGCCCCGCCCCGCCCACCACGUGCCCUCACUUAGUUCCUUGGCCCCGCCCAGCCUCGCCCCCGCACACGUGUUAUCACUCGCUCGGCCCCGCCCGCCGCACACUUGUGCUGUCACUCAGCCGGGUCCCGUCCCAGCAGUAGGCGCCGCUCCCGCCGGCCGGCCGGACACUCGGCCGGACCCCCACCGCCGGCCCAUGGACGCCGCGCUUCUCCUCGCCCUCGGGCUGCUGGCCCAGAGUGUGUGCCUGUCACUGGGGGUCCCCGGGCUGAGGAGGCCCCGCACCCUGUACCCCUGGCGCCGAGCGCCCACGCAGGGCCGUGUGCGGAGAGCCUGGGUCAUCCCUCCCAUCAGCGUGUCCGAGAACCACAAGCGCUUGCCCUUCCCCCUGGUGCAGAUCAAGUCUGACAAGCAGCAGGCGGGCGGCGUCAUCUACAGCAUCCAGGGGCCCGGCGUGGACGAGGAGCCCCAGGGCGUCUUCUCCAUAGACAAGUUCACCGGCAGGGUUUUCCUGAACGCCCUGCUGGACCGAGAGAAGACCGACCGCUUCAGGCUCAGGGCCUUCGCUCUGGACCUGGGGGGGGCCACCCUGGAGGAGCCCACAGAUCUGGAGAUCGUGGUUGUGGACCAGAAUGACAACCGGCCGGUCUUCAGGCAGGAGGUGUUCACUGGCCAGGUGCUGGAAGGCGCUGUCCCAGGUACCUUGGUGACCAGGGCGGAGGCCACAGACGCGGACGACCCGGAGACGGACAACGCGGCCCUCCGGUACUCGAUCCUGGAGCAGGGGGGCCCCCAGCUCUUCAGCAUCGACGCGCUCUCAGGGGACAUCCGCACGGUGCAAGUGGGCCUGGACCGCGAGGUGGUCGCCGUGUACAACCUGACCCUGCAGGUGGCAGACAUGUCUGGAGACGGGCUCACGGCCACCGCCUCCGCUGUCAUCACGCUCCAGGAUGUUAAUGACAACGCCCCCGAGUUCACUGGGGAAGAGUUCUUCCUGGAGGCCGCCGAGGCCGUCAGCGGCGUGGACGUGGGGCGGCUUGAGGUGGAGGACCGGGACCUGCCCGGCUCCCCCAACUGGGCGGCCAGGUUCACCAUCUUGGAGGGGGACCCUCAGGGGCACUUCGCCAUCCGCACGGACCCCAGGACCAACGAGGGCGUGCUGUCCGUGGUGAAGCCCCUGGACUAUGAGAGCUGCGAGCGGUACACCCUCAACGUGGCGGUGCAGAACGAGGCCCCCCUGCAGGCGGCCGCCCCCAGGGCGGAGCGGGGCCAGGCCAGGGUCAGCGUGCAGGUGCGGGAUGUCAACGAGCCCCCCGUGUUCCGGGAGAACCCGCUGAGGGCCAGCCUGGCGGAGGGGGCAGCGCCGGGAACCCCCGUGGCCACCUUCUCUGCCCGAGACCCUGACACGCAUCAGCCGCAGAGGCUCAGCUACUCCAAGGACUACGACCCUGAAGACUGGCUGCACGUGGACGGGGCCACUGGCCAGGUCCAGACCCAGCGUGUGCUCAGCCCCGCGUCCCCCUUCCUCAAGGGUGGCUGGUAUCGCGCCGUCAUCCUGGCCCAAGACGAUGCCUCACCACCCAGCACGGCCACUGGGACCCUGUCCAUUGAGGUCCUGGAGGUCAACGACCACGCCCCCGAGCUGUCCCCGCCUUGGGGCAGCCUGUGCAGCACACCAGACCAGGGCUCCGGCCUUCUCCUGGGGGCCACGGAUGAGGACCUCCCCCCCCACGGGGCCCCCUUCCACUUCCAGCUGAGCCCCAGGGUUCCAGAGCUGGCCCGGAACUGGAGCCUCAGCCCUGUGAACGUGAGCCAUGCACGCCUGCAGCUGCGGCACCAGGUCCAGGAGGGUCUGUACCGCCUCAGCCUGCUGCUUCGGGACUCAGGACAGCCGCCGCAGCAGCGCGAGCAGCCGCUGAACGUGACCGUGUGCCGCUGUGGCCAGGACGGCACCUGCCUGCCAGGAGCCGCUGCGCUGCGGGCGGGCGGCGCCGGCAUCAGCCUGGGGGCCCUGGUCAUCGUGCUGGCCAGCGUCAUCCUGCUGCUCUUGCUCGCCCUGCUGGUGGCCCUCCUGGCGCGGUCCCGGCAGCAGUCGUGGGACAAGGGGCUUCUGCACGGGCUGCAGGACGACCUCCGGGACAACAUCCUCAACUACGAUGAGCAGGGGGGCGGGGAGGAGGACCAGGAUGCCUAUGACAUGGACCAACUGCGCCACCCAGAAGAGCUGGCGGCCCUGAGCGCCCCCCUAGGAAGGCCGCUGAUGCGCCGAGAUGCCCCGUUUGGCCGAGCGCGCCCCCAGGCUCCCCGUGCGCUGCCCACCAGCCCCACUGACAUCGCUGACUUCAUCCUCGAUGGCUUGGAGGCUGCAGACAGUGACCCCAGCGUCCCCCCCUACGACACGGCUCUCAUCUACGACUACGAGGGGGACGGCUCUGUGGCCGGGACGCUGAGCUCCAUCCUGUCCAGCCUGGGCGACGAGGACCAGGACUACAGCUGCCUCCAGGACUGGGGCCCCCGCUUCGCCCGGCUGGCCGAUUUGUACGGGCCCCCGUGAAGGUGCCGGGGACGUGGCUUUCGGAUGGACCUGUACCCUCCUUGCUCAGGGCACUUCCUCCCCAUCCAGAGGGCACACCACAGGGGUCCAAGUGGACACGCUGGACUGGGCUGUGUGGCCAGAAGGGUCAGCUGACCUCUGCACAGGCAGACAGGGCACCAGGUCUGUGGUGUGGGUGGGUGGCCUGUGGCGUAGGCCAGCAGCUACAGCUCCGAUUCAGGAACUUCCAUAUGCCUUGGAUGCGACAAAAA